AUGGCGCCUCUGUCUUGUUUGGCCGGACCUGACAAGCAGAGCAGCAGCAAGACGGAUGUUUUAGCCGCUCUGGAUUCUCUCUCCACACUCGAUGCCAUUUUUUCAGACAGCGGGUAUGAAAGUGGCUCCGUCAGCGACGAUGAAGACGACGACGACGGCCAACUUCCCGCCGAACACUACCUGGCUUUAGCAGAGAGCCUUGAUAUCGCUCAGCUUCGACAGAAGCGGUACAGCCCCAACACCCAGGAAAAACUCGACGAGACCCGCGAUUACUGGGAGAGGUAUUGUCGGCACAUCAAGGCUAACGCAGAGCGGCAAUGGGUUCGGAUCUCUGAUUCAGAGGAGACGGUUCGCUUCCUGUAUGCGUUCUUCAGUUGGCGGUGUGAUAUCCGUCGUGGCAAGAACAAUCGAUACUGUCCGGGCAUUAAAUGCAAAAGCUCGCUGGAGACAUUUUGGAAGUGGUGGCACCUUGUCCUCAAACAGGAAACAGCAUCGGGACUAAACAAAGAUACGAUUGUCAAGGUGGAAGAUGUGGCCACAGAAAAAAAGCUGGCUCUUGUCGGGCGGCCGAAGAAGAACAUGUAUAUCGAAGAUGUUGCUGAGUUCGCUCGAGUCGUCCUCACCACCACUGAGAUGACAUUUGUCUCUGGUUGGCAGCGCAUUCAAAUGCUUUUCUUCCUGCAGCUUGCAGCCAUCACCGCCAGCCGUCCUUCGGCGAUCCUUCAUCUUCGGUAUCGAGACAUCAUGCUAACCCUGAUCCGAGUUCCUGACGGUGGACGCCCCCGAUUGUUCAUAUUCUUAAAACCAGAGUUUACCAAAAGAUUUCUUGGAAAUAAGGCACCGAACGAGUUUAAGAUUCCGGAAAUCAUCUUUGACCCGACCCUGGUUCUCAGCCCGCAUAUCUGCCUGCUGACUAUGCUCUUUCACCUUGGAGGAUUCAAGUCAAUUUCAACUACUGGACCAGUGUUGGAUUCCGCAGAGAAACUCUACAGCGCCAAAGUGCUGGAUGGCAAGGGACAGCAGCCGCUGCUACUAAAGGAUGAAUUACUAGAUAAGUUUGUGUUUUGCCAGACGGAGCUGACAUCCACUGGAUUUAAAAUUUGCCUGGAUCAGAGGAUGACUGCAUCCAUGGUGAGUUCCCGGAUGCGCCGAGCCGGUGAGAUCACGGGCUUUGAGGAGGUCGCCCACCCGUACAACCUCCGCUACGCUGGAGCUAAGGCAUUUAACAACAGCGAGGAAGUUACGGAGGCUCUUCAGAACGUCAUGCUCCAACACGCGGAUAUUCGCACCUUCGUCAAGCAUUAUCAGGUGGACGUCGACGUUGACGCGCAGGGAAUAGUCCGGAAAACAGGCUCCCAAACAGCAUUGGUGCGAUUUGCCUGCUCGAUGAGUGCAUCAAUCGACCCCAACCGACCGUAUAAGCUCUCUCCAGAAGAAUCAAGGUCCCUCAACUACCUUCCAGUUGUCCUUGGCCGGCAGGAUACUGUCCAGAAGCGCAAGCGGGAAUUGGAUGACCGUGAAGCCGAGUUAGAACGUGCCAACAAGGUGUGCAAGACUGCUUUAGGGCAUCUUGACGAUAGAGUACUCGCCGAGUCCAACCCCGAGGUGCUGGAGAGACUGGAGGUUUUCCGUGAUCGGACAGCAGAAGCAAAGUCGGUGUACAACAGCGCUGUCCGUGAGCUGCGUAACGAGAAGCAGCGGCAGCGGAACCGACGGAUCCGUGAGAACCUUGAGCGCUAUAAGAAUGAGCAACCUGUGAUUGACCUUGAACGACAACUGGCCGGGAAACUGGUGGAUACCAAAGUCAUGGACACUUUCGAGCACGAGGCCUUCAUGCCUCCGGAGCACUUGAUGUUUGUUGACUGCAUGCUGACCAUGCCGGGCGCUAGUCUUGAAGCGGAAUAUCAGCGGAGGAUCAACACAAUCAACGCAGGGGUCGCAUUCUGUGGCGUGGAGGAAGGGCGGCCCUCGCGCCGGCCCGCGCGCCGGCCCGCGGUCGAUGAUGACCCUUAUCCUCCGACCAAGCGGCAGAGGUGCUUGGUAAAGGAUUUACCCGAGGUCCUCUUGCACCAAGCAAUGGAGUCUGUGCAGGCCAAGCCUACAGCUGAACAGCCUCAGACCUGCUUUCGGCCUCGCGUUUGCUUUCUCUGCGUUGGGAAUCCUAGUUGCUCGCUGAAGGACCGCAUUAAAAAAUACGCAACAUCCGGAUCACUUACAAGGCAUUUUCUACGAAGGCAUAUCAACCCUCCAUGGCCGGCCGCUGGGGUUGAGUGCAAUGUUUGCGAGGGGAAGGUGCUCCCGGCCAAAUCUGUUCUUCUCAACCAUGCAGAGGACGCCCAUGGAACUGUUGUGCGGGGUCGCGCUCGGGAGAAACUGGCGUUAGAAUAUCAACGGAGCCUAGAGAACUAG